AUGAAGACGCUGCUGUUGCUGUGUGUGCUUAGCACGCUGGUCGUGUUUUGUAUGUCGGCCACUGCGGAGCAAAAGUCAAAAAACUGCAACGAUGUUCGCGCUGCUUAUAGCUCCAAAGGCUUCAACGUCAACGAUGUUCCCAACAAAGGAGUGAACGGAGCAUCACUGAAAGUCUGUCCACAGGGGUUCUCCUGCUGCACUGUGGAAAUGGAGGAAAAGCUAAGUCAGCAGAGUCGUUACGAUAUCAGAGCCCCUGUCUCCAGACUUAGCACCAAUCUACAGUCCACCUUUAGGCAGAGGCAUGAGCACUUUGACAAAUUUUUCCGGGAACUUUUGAAAAAUGCAGAAAUCUCACUACACAGCAUGUUUGUAAGAACCUACGGAAUGAUGUACGUGGAAAACGCUGAGCUGUUCAAGAACUUCUUUGAGUCCCUGACGCGGUACUACGUGUCAGGGAGUGCGGCGGUCAACUUGGAGUCCAUGUUGUCAGACUUUUGGGCUGACCUCCUGGAAAGGAUGUUCCGGCUGGUCAACGUGCAGUAUGAAUUCAGUGACGCCUACAUGGAGUGCGUCAGCCGCCACACAGAGCAACUGCAGCCUUUUGGUGACGUGCCUCGCAAGCUCCGCAUCCAGUUGACGCGUGCUUUUGUUGCAGCGCGUACAUUUGUGCGUGGCCUGAACCUCAUGCCAGAGGUGGUCAACAAAGUCUCUACGGUCAGCGCAUCUCCCAGCUGUGUGCGAGCGGCCAUGAAAAUGUUGUACUGUCCCUACUGCUCGGGCCAAGUGGCGCUGAAGCCCUGCCAAAAUUACUGUCUUAAUGUAAUGCGGGGCUGUUUGGCCAACCAAGCAGAUCUGGACACAGAAUGGAACAACUUUCUUGAUGCCAUGCUUGGGCUGGCUGACAGACUCGAAGGUCCUUUCAAUUUUGAGUCUGUCAUGGAUCCCAUUGACGUGAAGAUUUCCGAGGCCAUCAUGAACAUGCAAGAGAACAGCAUGCAAGUGUCACAGAAAGUAUUCCAUGGAUGCGGCCAGCCUAAACCAAGCAUGGCAUUCCGUUCCAAACGUUCUGCCAAGGACACAGCCUUCACUGGACGCUUCCGCCCUUACAGCCCUGACGCAAGACCUACCACUGCUGCUGGAACAAGCUUAGAUAGACUGACGAAUGACGUAAAGAAGAAGUUGAAACACGCCAAGAAGUUCUGGUCAACUUUGCCAGAGACAGUUUGUGCUGGUGAGAGAAUUGCACCCGGUGAUGACUGCUGGAAUGGAACAGCAAAAAGCAGGUAUGAGGCUGUAGUCAUUGGCAAUGGGCUGGCUAAUCAGGUAUCCAACCCAGAUGUGGAUGUGGACAUUACUAAGCCAGAUACUGUGAUUCGAAGUCAGAUUGCAGUUUUGAAAGAAAUGACAAGUUGGCUUAAAGCUGCGUACAGCGGCAAUGAUAUUUCAAUUGAGAAUGACGAGGAAGCCAGCGGAGGAGAGGAGAGCGGCAGCGGCUGCGAUUCUCCAUCCUGUGACACGGAUCGAGACAUCUACUUUUCCACUCCGCCUAACCCGGUAGAUCCUCGGGUUAAUCUGGUACAUGCUGAGGCAUCCGCUGGCGUCACCUUGCGGGGAAGCGUGGCAUUAGCGUUCUGCGGGCUGGCCCUGCUUGCUGCCCACUUGAGAUAA